GUUUCACAUGACUUCUACUGCGUGUGACUGAGCUGCAUUCCUCAAGCUGAACUGACAGCUUCACAGGUCGGUUUGCAGUAAUGGACAGAGGCGCCCAGUGAGCUCCGGGUCACCAACCUCUGCGCUCCGUUUUUACGCAGCGGGGCAUUAGGACGGCUGGACGGUAGGACUGCGGGACAUUAGGACAGCUGGUCAGCUGUUGCGGACUGGCUGCUGCUUUCUGUCAGUCCAUGCUCAGCCUGCAGGAGGAAACCCAUGAUCGAUCCCUGAAGAUAACUGAUGGCUGAGCUGAAGCCGCCAGACUCCAAGAAGUGCACUUACUUCUUCCUCUAUGAUGGGUCAAAGGUCAGAGGGGAGGGGGACCCCACCAGGGACGGCAUCUGCUACUUCUACCCUGAAGAUACCCCUCUGGACAUGCAGGACCUGCUCUGCGGUCAGCUGGCCGGCGUCAGCCGCUGCGUCUCGGAGCUUUCCUCCUCUGAUGUUCAAACGCUGAGGCUGCGGCGCUGCAAGUUCGCCAUCCGCAUGAAGGAGGACUUCUUCUGGGCUUUCGGCUGCUCCAUGGAGGUUCCUACUGUCAGCGUCUGUGAGCUCCUGGAUCAUCUCAUCAGCCUCUUCUGCUUCUACAACGGAUCAGUUCGUCAGAGCUAUCAGCUCAGCAGUAAGGAGAACCUGGCCUCUCAAUGGGCCCGGUACCUUUCCCACGUCCUGUCGGGCCCCUCCGAGCUGCACUACAUUUUCCAAAGUGUGAGAACCAUCGACCUAAGCAACGUUGAUCCACUUCUUCUCCUCAAAGCUGCCCUCAUCCUUCAGGCCUGCCAGCGUUGCCCCCUAGUGUUGGCAGGCUGCAUCCUUUUUAGAGGAAGGGUCGUCAGCACACAGAUGCCUCCAGAGUUAACCAUAAAGGUCAUAGUUCAUGAGAGCGAAUCGUACUCUAAGAUCCAGCGGUCGAGUGGAGAGAGUCCAGCUAGCUCAGACGGCGGUUCUGUUAGCUCAGCGGCCGUGUUCCUGACACCAUCAGAGCUCCAGGACCUGAAAUCUGCUCCUGUGGACAAAACCUCCCGUUUCCAUCCUGCUCCAGAGAAAGACGCCCCCCCAAAGAAGACCAGGCUUUCCAGAACCCUGUCGGACGCAGCCUCCUGCGAGUCGGAGCCGCCUCGUCCGGCGUCCUGCCAGUCGCCUCAGAAAGGCUCCAUCAGCCCUCAUCUGUCUGGAUCUGAAGACUCUCCGUCGCAGAGAGCCCCUGAUUCCCCCUCUCCUCUGUCACCGUGUUCGAAUGGAACAAACGCUCCUGAAGCGGUGGAGGGAGACCCGGAUGAGUUGCACUAUCACAGUUUUUACAGCAGCGGAGACGUAGUGAGCCAGACGCUCAGCGAAGGAGACAGUUCAGCGUUUGAGGAAAGCGUCUAUCUGAACGGAGCGCCCUCGGCGACCUUCUCAGCUGACGAUUCGUUUGGAGAAGAAAAGAUGACAGCGGGCCUCAAGGGGGAGAGCAGGCAGCCUCCUCCUGGUUCCUGGGCUCCUGACAGCUUGGAGGACAGCCCUCUGGUUGCCAUGACGCUGUACACGCACAGGGUCAACAGCCUGGUGCUGGCCCUGCUGGUGGAGCCCGGGUUCAUGAGUGACACUGCGUCUUUGGAGGAAGUGAACCACAGCAGCCUGGCUUCCCUGAACGGACUGGAGGCCCAUCUCAGAGCCAUUCCUGCGGCGGCCCCCGGUGCUGCGGGCCCUUACCUGUUCGCCCAUCAUGACUCCAUCCAGCACACUCUAACCACCAACGUGUCUGGCCGACCUGGGGGAGCCCCGGAGCAUCCUUUUGUCCGAGCCACAUCGCUGCUCCACUCGCAUUUCUUUGACACUGAGACUCUGCAGGAGGCUAUUAUCAGGAACGCCGGUACUGCCGUGUACGGGACCCGCAGCGUCGCGCAGGAGACCUUCUUCCAGCAGCACGGCGGAUCCAUGAGGAACUCCGGCAUCCCCAACCAGCAGGACAGCGCCUUCUCGCUGCCCAGCAAGGCCCGGCACCGGCUGCUCAAACACGGGGUCAACCUGCUGUGAUCGGGCCGACCGGACCCAGAACUUCAGCCAAUGAAAAGAAGACCCGGCUCUUAACUUUAAAAGCUUCAGCAGAUCUCAGAUCGAUACAUGCUGACAAAAUUCACAGGAGUUUGAAACUUUAUUGCUUAUUUUUAGCAACACAGAGAAUGAAACGCAGCUUUCAACCUGAUAUCUCCAAAUAAAACAGCAAAACUAGUUACAUUAUGAUGCCGCCUAAUUAAAGCUUAGAAUAAAGAGUCUGCUGGUGUGUCAUAAGUGGCUGCAUCAUGCUGUGGGAUCCUUUUUUUUCAACGGCAACAUUAAAACUGUUCAGAGUUAUUAAAAUAAACAAAAGCUGCAGAAGAAAAAGGCAGAAGACAACAACCCUAAAACAUCCAGCUGAUUCUAAAACAUAGUGGUGGUGACAUGAAUAUGUAUGAAAAUGGCCUAGUCAAACUCCAGGCAUUCACGGCUCUGUGCUGGUUGGAAGAUGAGAGAAUGUGGAAAAGUUUCAAUGGUGGAAAAAACUUUCUGACUGUUUUUUUUUUCAUCUGCUUUGAAUGUAAGAUAUAUGUGAGCUCUUAUAGAAUUUGAUUUGUUUACACAACAAACACCCAUUCCAUAACCUUCAAGCUGCUGAUAUUUUAUUUUUUUAAAUCUUUUUUUCCCUCCAGCUCUUAUUAAAACAUUAAAAGUUC